AUGGCAGCUGCAGCUGCCGCCAGGAAUGGCAGCAUCCAAGCAGACAAUACGAUCGCUCGUAUAUCAGAAUUGCUGAAACAGCCUGAUGAUCUGGAUAAAGUCGAUGCGCUCAUAGAAAGAUUCAAGCGCGAAAAGGCUACUAUGGACGCACAGUUGAAUGUGGCAGUGCAAGCGCAACUUGAGGUGAUUCAGUCUGGCUUGUCAGCUAUCAACCAAGGCCAAGCCGAGAUGACUGGCGUUAAGCAAGAGAUGGACCGCGUAGACAAGAUCUGUCAAGGGUCUCAGGCGCUAGUCAAAAACUUUGAGGUCAUCAAUGCAAUCUCAAAGUGUCACAUCAACUUUGUGCAGACAAUCGAAAUGGUCGAGAGCCUAGAGAACCUGGGUAAGACGCUCGAUGAGCUUCGCCAGCAGUUGGACGAAGAUCGACAAGAUGCCUCGAGCUCAAAUUUGCUUACCAUGCACUUUCAAUUGUCAAAGCUCCUCGAUUUUCGCGAUACAGCCGUGCGGCAGUCUUCUUCUGCGAAGAAAGAUGUACAAGAUACCCUCAGGCGCUACUUCAAACCUCUCGAAGACUUUUCGCGACAGUUUGAAGAGCAUUUGUUCUCACUUUCUGCUAUUCUCCUCGACACCCUCCGUCAAGGUGAUCCUUCGUUGGUCGUUCGUAUCGCCAAGAUUGUGUACGUGGAAGACGUAAGCGAUGUUCGCUCCAAGAUUCUGCAGGAUGCCCAAUCUUCACGAAAGGUAGGGGUCAACAAGAACCGGGUCAUUGCUGGCGAUGCGCGCGCUCCGCGCAACUACAAGCAAAAGUUUCUUGAAAGUAUACACACUGCUAUCAAACUUGACUUUGAAGGAUGCGCAAGCACCUUCCCUGAUCCCUCAGAGCUUCUUGAGAAUCUCGAAUGGAUCUUUCAGGAUCUUGCUCUGGUGCAGCAGGAAGUCACAGUGCGGACUCCCAAAGACUGGGACAUCUUCAAUGUCUUCCUGGGCUUCUAUCAUCAGGAGACUUACAACGUUCUCAACAAAGUCCUCGCCUUGGAGCCUGAUGGCAGCACGCUCCUUAAGCUGCUCGAAUGGGUCAAGCUAUACGGAGCUAUGAUGAAGUCGGACUUCCGCAUCGAUGUUAAGACGCUCGAGCCUCGUUUGCUUGACGGCAAGGAGAAUGACCUGGUUGAAGACUACCUCAAGAUUAUUGUCAGCAAAAUGGAAGAAUGGAUGCUGAACCUGAAGCAGACUGAAGUCAAGAGCUUCACGGAAAGAACAGAACAGCCAGAAAUGACACCCGAUGGAAUUUACGGCAUGCAAGGCGCCGUCAUUAUGUUUCAAAUGGUAUCACAACAGAUUGAUGUCGCGGCAGACUCUGGCCAGGGUAGAGUCCUCGCCUCUGUCGUGUCUGAAUGUGUACGCAUCAUGAAGGAUACCCAGUCGAAUUGGAUCCGUGUGCUACAGCAAGAAACAAAGCUUGCUCAGGACGCAGUCAACAAGGCAGCUGCAGGGAAGGAGGCGGAUGAAGUGCCACCUGGUCUCCCAGACUACAUCAUUGCACUUGCCAAUGACCAGAUUCGAUCGGCAGAUUACUGUGAAGCCAUCAGCGCUCGCAUUGCGCCACUCGUUUCGACGAAAUAUGCCACAAAUAUCGCUGAAGGGCUGUCUACCGCGACAGACGGGUUUUUGGAUGUUGCAAAGGCCUGCCUGCAGGCGCUGAACCGUGUCAUUGCGCAAGACGUGACCAGUACUUUUGCCAAAUUCUUCACAAAGGAGUGGUAUGGUGGAUCGCAGAUGAGCUUGAUUGUAUCGACCUACCGAGAGUACAUUGCCGACUGCAAAGAUCAUCUCAACGAGCAUCUCAUGGAGCUCUUCUUGGAUGAGCUUCUCGAUGCGUUCCUCAUCUCCUAUAUGGAAGCGCUUGCUCUCAACUACAAAUCCACGCUCAAAAUACCAAAGGUUCUCGAGCAAAUGACACAGGAGAUUGGCCUGGCCUUCAAUCUCUUUGUUGAGCACAUUGAUUUGCAGAACUUGCAAGUUCAAUUCGAUGUACUUGAAUUGGUCAUUGCUUUCAUUCAGACGGAUCCUGAAACAGUUCAGGAGGAUUACGCGAUGCUCAAGUCUAGAUGCUGGGACGUGCCGGCGUGGCUCAUCGAAGGCAUUCUCGAACGUAGAGACGACAUCAACAAGAAAGAAACUCGCAACCUGCUGGACAUCAUUGCCAAGGCUGAGGCACAAGCUGCCAGACCAGAGGACGCAACGCCUACAAUCAUGUCAAGGUUACGACAGCGCAAGUAG